CCGAUCGAGGCCGAUUGAGGUCGAUUGCGGCCGAUCGCGGCCGAACUCGGCCGCUCGCUGCUGGGUGCUCGACCGGCCUGUGGGGCCCGACGAUGGCUAGGUCCAGCCAGGCCGAGGAGAGCUGCAACAUCUGGGCCCGUGGAGGCUGCAACGGCAUCGGGGCCAUUCAUCGACAGAGCGCCGGGAAGGACGACAUCGACGGACGACACGACAACUGUGACGCUUUGAGUCAGGGGACGAUGACGGGGGGUGCGGGGACCAACGGUACGGGGGGGUCUGCUGGUGGGGGGUUCAUCGCGCAGUUUGAGAGGGAGAUAGCGAAGUUGAGGCAGGGGAACGUGGUGUGGAACUUCGUCACCGCGGGACAUCAUGUGGGGAACCAGGCGAAGAUGCAUGGGGACCGAAAGUUGCGUUGCAACUUUUGCGGCCACUUGUUUCAGGGGAAUGCGGGGAAGGCUGCGCGCCAUUUCACGCAGUCCAAGUACUGCAAGGCUGCGAGAAUGAGAGUUCUCGCGGAAAUAUGUAACGACACGAACUACACAUUCAAGCCCGCGACUGCUCGGCGGGUGCAGAGGUGGAUGGCUGACAAGGGCGUACGGGACACGAGAGCGGUUGCGGGUGGGCAGCAACAGCGGAUGGACGAGGGAGAGUCUGGAGAGAGGGACGAUGUUCAGGACGCCCUUGAUGAUGAGGAGGGUCUCGAGGGUGGGGUUGGGGAGGGGGGGAAGGCUGACGAGGCAGUCGGAGACCCUGACCUGCCAGGGGAGGAGGUGGUGAUGACGUCUAUAGGCUGGAUCUACGCGAAGGGGUUGGCAAUCAACGCCUUCAGAGGUCCGGAGUUCCAGAGGGUUCGGCGGGCAGCAGAGAGAGUACCGCGGACAGUUCAGUUCCGGUUUCCCUCGUACAGGGUCACAGCGGGCACCGAGAUCCCUUUGCAGAGGGGGAAGGUGGCGUCGAUGGUGAGUGAGGUGCGCUCUGCUUUCUGGCACACCGGUGCCACCAUCCUCUCGGACGGGAGGAAGUCGCGCAGCGGCAAGCCGCUCGUGAACUUCCUCGCCGGGGGCACCAACGGCGCCCUGCUGUACGCCACCGUCGCACGUGACGGGUCUGUCCGCGACACUGCGGAUAUCGUGUACCACAGGUGGCGGGCCAUCAUCUUGUCCUUUCCUGCAAAGGACGUGAUCGGCUUCUGCACGGACUCCACCAGUAACUAUACGGCGGCGGCCCGCAGAUUCGCUACCGACCUUGACGCAGACAUCAAGAGGAUCACUUGGCUUCCCUGCUCCACCCACGUCUGCAACUUGAUGUUGUUAGACGUCGGGACGCGAGUGGCGUGGGUCAAGGAGACCAUCGUCCGUGACCGAGCGUUAUGGGCACAGCAUGAGCGCAUUAACACGGCGAGGCGCCACAAGCUUGGCUUUGCCAAGCUUGCACAACUGGUUGAGAUUACCACCAAUUUCAAACUGGUCGGAUGCGCACAUCAGGGUAGUGGCUACGUGUUGCCCUGGGUUAUGGGGACCGGUCUGGAGGAGACCGCGGGAGGGCAGGAGGACGACGAAGGGGAUGUGGACCCCGAGGUGUGGGGAGCGCGACCUGAUGGCUGUUUCAGCGAGCACGACAUCGAGCGCCAGGUCGUCGCUUUCCAUGCUUGUCGACCGUCCAGAGCCGACCCGAUUCAGGACGUGUUCGGCAAGAGGGCGGUGGAGCUACGGCCGUGGCCGGAGCCGAUGUCGGACGCUGAUGCGGACAGCGACACGUCAGACGAUGAGUGGACGGACGAUGACGACGCUCCUGUCAGCGGCGACGCGACGGCAGAGCGGAUCUAUUUCACGUACGGCGGAAGACCUGACGGCAUGACUCCACACACAUCCGUAUAUGGAGGAGCAGCGCCGACAGAGGGAGUUGGAGACAGGGGGGGUGGAGGCGGUGACGGAGGUGACGUGGGUUUUGGUGGGGAGGUUGAUGCCGGGGGGGCCCGACAGGGUCUGCCCACGGGUGUUAAGGGAGAUGGUGUACCCACGGGUGUUGAGGGAGAAGGUGGCGGCAAGGACGAGGAGGGAGAUGGCGGCGGCGAGGACGAUCACGAGGACGAGGAGGGGCCCGACCACGGAGACGACCACGGCGACGACGGCGGCGACGGCGGUGACCACAGCGACGGUGGCGACAACGGCCACGACGGCAACUACGACGGCGACCACGGCGACGACAGCGACGGCCACAGCGACGACGACGACCACGACGGCGACCACGACGAUGAGGGUAGGCUGGCUUUGGUCUUGAGGGACCCGUCAGUGCCUACACUACCUCUCAUACGGCCCGAGGCCUUCGCUCAGGCUGGUUUUGAUGUCGAGGAUUUGGCGCGACCCGGUUCACAUGACCCUUUCCCCCACACGGGCCGCAGGAGCGACGAGAGGCGCCCUCCUGGAGGGGCGUAUUCGCCUCCGCCGCACAUCGUGGACAGCCCUAGAUGGUCAGGUUCUUCGAUUAGCGGCAUUAGAGGGAGGGAGUCCGGGCCGGUUGAUGGCGGGUCGGGCCGCCGCAGUGACGGUGGCGGAUCUGCUGGAUCGAUGCCUCCGCCACCCGCAUGGAGCACGGAGGGCGGCGCCGAUGCGACUACCGCCCGUGUGCCCAUUGCCGGUUCCCCGCCGCCUGUCGCAGGUGGUGUUGCCGGUGGAUGGGCAGCUUAUCGCAGGGUCUCGGACCGGAUGAGGGCGGAUUACGAUGUCGGGAGGGGCGCCUUCGUAGGACGUUUGUCACCUCGGUUUCAGGUUGCGGCCAGCAGCGAGGGUGGCUCCGGAUGUCCGAGUGUUCACAUGGCAGGCCGCAUGCUCGGUUUGUCUCGAUGAGCGACAAGGAGAGUUUUGAUCCCACCGCCGA